AACCUAAGUAAACGUCAACGAUAUGCAAGCUUUUUGGUUGCAAUUUUGACUCUACCACAAAGAAAAACAAUCUUUUUAAAAAAAAAGUUAUUUAUAUAUUUAUAAGACCUUGUGCAGCUGUAGGUCUUGACAUUGAUCAAACUGUCGAGGAAUAGUUUAUUCUAGAUAAUUUCAGCUUUCAUUUUAAUGGGUAUAGUUCAGAUCCCUCUCAAAGGAAUAAGAUGUUUACAGUGUAGAGGUGUAAGCCUUCUCCAAAAAACUACAUGGAAAACAAAUUGUUAUCAUAAUGUAGCGUUAGUGACAGUCAGGCAUUCGCAUUCUAGUCCGACUCUAAAGUCAUCCCAUCUCUCAGAUCCGGAGAAUAAAGGAGAACGACAGAAAGGGGUCAACUUUGAUACCCUUGGAUCAUGGAACAGCAGGAUAGAAAUGAAGGUUGAUAUUGAGAAGAGCAUUAGAAAAGGAAGACUUAUACCUGAAAUUCCUCUGGAUGAUGUUGGCACGGCAAGCUUACUUGGCAGACGUAAAGUAAAUGAGGACAGAUUUAGCAUUGAGCAGAUUUCGGAUGACUUGUUGUAUUUUGCUAUAUUUGAUGGCCACAGUGGUGCGACAGCAGUGGACUUUGUUCAGCCAUACAUGCAACAUCAUAUCAGUUUUUGGCUGCAGAAAACGACAAAGUUAUCUGAAGUACUUCGCAAUAGUUUUAUUGACGUGAACAACCUGCUUACAAGACAUCUUUCAUCAUAUCAUGAGGCUACCAAUGGGAGUACGGGUACAACAGCCACUGUGUGUUUGUUACGUAACAACAUAGAGCUAGUUAUAGGACAUGUUGGAGAUACACGCGCCAUCCUGUGUCGGGAAGGCGUACCUCUACGAUUGUCAUAUGACGACUCACCAGACGACCCGGACGAAUGUGCUAGAAUAAAAGAGGCCGGAGGUACAAUAUCAGACAAUAGUCUUGGUGUAGCACAUGUUAAUGGGAGACUUACUAUGACAAGGAGUAUAGGAGAUAUAGAACUCAAAGCUUUCGGCGUUACAGCAGAACCUCAUAUUAGAUCUAUACGGGUAAGCCAUGGGCGGGACUCAUUUCUUAUACUAACAACAGACGGUCUAAGUUUUGUUUUAAAUGAUCAAGAGCUGAUGGACAUAGUUUCAAGCUGUCGUACCCCGACAGAGGCGGCUAAAUUUGUUACCGAUCAAGCUUUACAGUUUGGAUCGGAAGAUAAUGCGACUGCUGUUGUUAUACCAUUUGGUGCAUGGGGAAAAUAUCAGAACACUACAAGAUCUAUUCCUUAUAGCUUUGGUAGAAAUUUGUCAUCAAAUAGAUACAGAUAAAACCACCUGGAUAAAACUUGGCAUUUGGUUGCGACUUAUAGAAUAUGUGUGGUGAUGUGAUCGUAAUACCUGCGUGUAACAUCAACAUUUAAACAUUGAACCUUUGUCUUAUAGGAACAUUUUGAAGUUGAGGUGUUAAUAUGAAACAACAAUGUCUCAAAUUAUCAUACCGUUUCCUCAUAGUGCCGCUGCGAUUUAAGUGUAACAUAAGUGAAAUCAACGCCACCUCGUUCACUCACAUGGAACAUCGUACUUUUGUCUCAUAGUGCCACAGUGAAGUUAGUGUGAUAUAAGUUAUACAACUAUAAUAUAUAUGUAAAACCUUCGUCUUGUAGUGUCAUAAUGAGUUUUGUGUAAUGUAAGUGUGCUUUAAGUGAAUCAAUGCCACCUGAACAUUAUACCAUUUUCUGCAGUGCCACAUUGAAGUUAGUGUAAAAUAAAUGAAACAACGACACCUAAAAAUUGUACCUUUGUCUCACAUUGCCACAAUGAAGUUAUUGAAAAAUAAAAAGAAACCUUGCCACCGAAGCAACUUAUGACUCAGUGAUGCUAUGAAGUUAAUGUAAUACGGUGUAUAAAAAAUUAUAUUGAUGAAAUAUUUGAAAUUAAGUAGUGAAACAAUGCUAUCUAUACAUUAUACUUUUGUCUCAGGUGCGAAAGAUUAAAAUUGCUUUUAAUUAUGAUAGUGAUUUAAUUGAAUUGUAGCCAUAUGUAUAAAUAUCAUGUUUUUGAAACUUAUUUUUAAGUAGAUUUCAUGAAACAUUAGUAGUAACUACUAGUAUAUUUGAUAUUUUGUGACAUUUUGCUCAUUUUUUCUUUGUCAAGAUAAGAUUGACUUUUAUAAUGGUGACUGGUGACCAAUAAUAAGGAUACAAACUACAUAAACUAGUUUAAAAAGACUGUACACUUUUUUUUAAGUGAACUUUAAUGGUAAAUUACAAAGUAUAGAAAUUGUCAUGGGUCACAUGAGUUGUAGACAAAUUUUUACAAAGAAGAAUAUAAAAUUGAAGACAAUUAUGGCCAAAUGAAUGUUGUUUUUUUUACUUUUACCUGUACACUCUCCAUUUACAGUUUCAUGGGCAUAAUGUCACUUAAAAGAUUGAAUAUAAAAAUGAAUUGCU